AUGGACCCAAUGCUGAGUCUGGUGAAGGAGGAGAUGAGCCACGCGGGAGGCGAUUCACCCGCGGAUGCGCCGGCGGCGGAAGCGGAAGCGCUGCCCAAGCCCAUGGAGGGGCUGCACGACGCCGGGCCGCCGCCGUUCCUCACCAAGACCUACGACAUGGUCGACGACCGCGCCACCGACGGCGUCGUGUCCUGGAGCGCCGGCAACAACAGCUUCGUCGUCUGGGACCCCCACGCCUUCGCCUCCGUGCUCCUGCCCAGGCACUUCAAGCACGGCAACUUCUCCAGCUUCGUCAGGCAGCUCAACACCUAUGGUUUCAGAAAAGUGGAUCCUGACCGAUGGGAAUUUGCUAACGAGGGUUUUCUACGGGGACAGAGGCACCUUCUGAAGAACAUUAGGCGUCGAAAACCUACUGCUCAUACUGCUUCAAAUCAGCAGUCUCGUGGAUCAUACCUUGAGGUUGGGCACUUUGGAUAUGAUGGGGAGAUCGACCGGCUGAAGAGGGACAAGCAACUGUUGAUGGCAGAAGUGGUGAAGCUUAGGCAGGAACAGCAGAGCACGAAGGCGCGUCUGAAAGCCAUGGAGGAUAGGCUACAUGGGACCGAGCAGAAGCAGCAGCAGAUGACGGCUUUCUUGGCACGUGUCUUGCGGAACCCUGAAUUCUUAAAGCAACUGGCUUCCCAGAACAGGAUGAGGAAGGAGCUUCACGAUGCCAUCUCGAAGAAAAGGAGGCGUCGCAUCGACCAGGGACCUGAAGCUGAUGACAUGGCCAGUAGCAGCUUGGAGCAAGAGACACCUAUUCUGUUUGAUCCCCAUGAGUCAGUGGAACAUCUUGCUGAGGGGUCAGUGGAACUCCUCUCUGCCGGUAUCCCAUCUGACCUGGAAGGUUCAGUUGAACUCCUUGUCGAUGGAAUCCCGCCUGACCUGGGAGGUUCAGUGGAACUCCUUGUUGAUGGGAUGACAUCUGAUCUCAACGGCUCAGGUAUCGAUGCUAAUGGUGUAACAGAGCCACAUGGUUUUGAUCUCGGUGCCCAUGAAGUGCAGCAGAACGGAGCCCAGGGGUUGCCUAACACUAAUUUUUGGGAGGAGCUGCUGAACCAAGGACUCAGCGAUGAGAAUGACAACCUGGUUGACGUGGGCGAUAUGGAUGUGCUGGCCAAGAAGAUGGAUUAUCUCAUCUCAAAUAGCCCGACUCACACAACUUAGUUCUAUUUCGUUAUAUUAAAUCGCUGCUACUUUCUUCAUGUUCCAUGCAUCUCACCCUGCAGUGUCUCCUCAAGGAAUUCUGCCAUGUCGAGAGUGAUUCUCCACCGUGUCUUCUGUGAAACUGUCAGUGUCAUCCAUCGCUGGAGAGGGACUGUGAGUUGUUUGUUUUAGCUGAUUGACCGUAUUGAUCUGGUUU